UUUUGAUGGUCAUUGCGCACAGCAAUGGCGUAGUCCACUCCAAAUUCUCAUUUUUUUUUUCUUCUCCUGAACAUUGAAGAACACAUGCGUCUGCAUGAUUCUUGAUUUCCUCAGUGAGCAUUCGUGAAAAUCAGAAAUGAGAGGAGAGAGGUGGGAGCACAGGACAGUGUUUUUUUAACCUCGGAAAAUGGUGACGUUUAUUUGGUAAAAUGUUAAAACGCUGGGGCAGUGACUAUGUUGUCACGGAACACCGGGAUCUGCAGGCGAAUACUAUGGCUGUCGAUGCCACCGGCAGCUAUCUUCUUCUCGCUGGUCGAAGGUGUUUCGCGGUGAAGCAGCUGAAUGAGGGCUCCGAUAAUCUAAAGAAAUUUAUGAGACAGAGUAAAUAUGAAGUUGGAUCUGCUGAGUGGAAUCCUACGUUACCCAACUGUCAUUUGUGCGCUAUUUCGAGUAAUACUCGAGUGGAAGUCCUGAGCUUCGCAGAUGCAGGAGGACAAGAUCUCCAGACAACUCACAGUCUGCGAGCUCACACUCGAGUAGUGAGUGAUCUCAACUGGCACCCGAAGGAGCCAGACAUCUUGGCCUCCUGCAGUAUAGACACAUUCAUUCACAUCUGGGACCUGAGGGAUCAACGUAGGCCCUCUCUGUCCCUUUCAGCAGUAGCAGGAUCGUCUCAAGUGCGAUGGAAUCCCCUGUCCCCUCACACUCUAGCCACAGCCCACGACGGAGACGUCAAAAUCUGGGAUCAACGCAAGGGGAACAGCCCAGUGCAGUACAUAGCAGCUCACUUAACGAAAAUUCAUGGUCUGGACUGGUGUCCCUUCCAGCAGAAUCAAUUAGCAACAUCAAGUCAAGACUGUACAGUCAAGAUCUUUGAUGUAACAAAUCCCAGAAGGGCAGAGGGAAUUUUAACGACAAAUUCUCCAGUCUGGAGAGCCAGAUACACGCCCUUUGGAGAGGGUCUAGUGACCAUCGUGGUUCCUCAGCUUCGAAGGGGAGAGAAUAGUCUCCUCCUGUGGAAUACCUCGAACUUCAGUGCCCCGAUAUACACUUUCGUCGGACACACAGACGUUGUCCUUGAGUUCCAAUGGAGAUACCAAAAAGUAGAUAAUAAUGAUUACGAAUUGAUCACUUGGUCGAAGGACCAGUGCCUCAGAAUAUUCAAGAUUGAUCCAUUCUUGAAGAAACUUUGUGGUCAUGAUAUGGAUGACACUACCUCAGUAUAUACGCAGUAUUCAGAAGACACUAACCUGAGGAGUCUGAGAUCUCCUCAACAAAUAACACUCCAAGAUCCCCAGAAUGAACCUGAAAUGAAUUUCCCAUCGAAAUCAGAUGGACCAGUCAUUCAGAGUGAAAUUAUAACCGUGGAGAGCGAGAAGGAGGUGCCCUCUCCAACACAACCAAAAACACUCCAGCAAGAGUUCUCAUUAAUUAAUAUGAAUAUUCCUAAUAUUGAGCUGAAUGCCAUGGAUGCUGUGGAAAGAAGUUGUACAGUUACAGCGAGAAAUAAGAACUACAAUGUCAUCUUGAAAGUUAAUUUUCCUGGUAACUAUCCCUGCUCUGCCCAGCCAACAUUUCAAUUCUGCCCAGGAACUACUGUGGAUAAUACAACGAUGGCUAAAUUACUCAGGGUAUUGAAGCAGACAGCACAGCAAAGGGUGAGGAAGAAUAGAUCGUGCUUGGAGCCCUGUCUCAGGCAGUUGAUAACAACUUUGGAGCAGACCUGUGCCACUGAUGAGAGCGAGGUCAAUCACAUGGGUUAUAUUCAAGCGAAUACGGACUUCUUGGCUUCUUCCAAUAUUCUAUCGAAUUAUCAAGACACGUACAUUCCUUUUCCGAGAACGUCGGGGGCCAAAUUUUGUGGGGUUGGAGUGUUGGUGUGCUUUGGAAGAUCGACGUACAGUAGGAGAACGUCAGUGAAACCUGAUGGGAUCACCCCCAGGGCACUUUCUGCUCUGGCAGCGGCCAUUGGGAAUGGACCCUUUAUGAAUAUGUAUUCAGGAUCAUUUGGACAAUCUGCGGACAACAUGUCUAUCAGCUCUUUUUAUUUUCAGGACAGGCAAAAAACUGGUAGGAGGAAUGCGCAUGGUUCGAGUAGAACCCAAAGUAGGAGUUGCUACAAGAAUUUCUACUCUAUAGCAACAAUUUACGACGCCUCAUCUCUUUUCUUCGUGAAUAAAGAACUUGCUGAGAAAUAUAUUAUCAACGUCACGGAUAUUCCAGGGAUGUGUCAGCAUAAUGCCAAUGUAGCGGCUGCUCUUGAGAGGCCUGACCUUGUCCAGGCUUGGUACUUAGCUUCUCUGGUGAUAUCUUCACCCCUGUCCAAUAAUUCACAGAAUUCGUGUUCAAUGGAUAGUGUACCCCCCUGGCAAUUGCAUCCAUUCGGACAAAACUUAAUUCAUUCUUUAAUUCAGCAUUACGCCAAUCAAUCUGACGUACAAAUGGCCGCCAUGCUGAGUUGCGCUUUCACUCAUCGAUCUGAGAAUAACGAGAGUAAUCAAAAUCUUCUUAGUAAAUCCAUCAACAUCAGCAGGCUAUUCACUGGAAAAUGGUGGUUGAAGCCAGGGGGUUCACCCUAUCACACUAUUCAUCCAGCAGACACGAACCUCGAGGGUUGGAAUUUUCAAAAUCUCAAGCAAAAUCGUUCAAACUCGUGGUCUGACUCGUUGGAUGAUUUGAAACUCACUCCAGAGAGCUUUGGAGAAACCGGGAGAAAUCUCAAACUUCUCGAUGAGAAAAAUAAUACUUUGUAUGAUAGCUACAAAAAGGCUUAUGCAGAGGUGCUGCACAGGUGGAGGCUUUUAGACGCUAGGGCACAAGUUCUCAAACACGUCAGCUCAUCACAACUCGAUCCGAAUAAAGAUGUUGAGUUUCAGAGUGAAUGCCACCUUUGCACGAAGACCAGCAGGGGACCACAAUGCUCCCAUUGCAAAAGAUUGACCUUUCAGUGUGUCAUUUGUCACAUUUCAGUCAGAGGUCCGAGCAAUUUUUGCACUGUCUGCGGUCAUGGAGGUCAUACACAGCAUUUAGCUGCAUGGUUCACGAAAGAAAGUGUCUGUCCAACUGGUUGCGGAUGUUGUUGUCUGCAGGAAAGUACUUCACUACUUAAGAUGUAGAUAUAUGUAAUAUAAAGAAGAAAGACUGUAAAUUAAUUAUGUUAAUGAUUGGAUUUCACGUACUUCAUGGACAUUGUGGAAUACACAUUUUCUUACUGAGUA